GAUCUCACGAGAAAAAGUUCUUUCUAUGAUUACAGUUGAACUACUGAAGUCAGAUGAGAUGGGGGUUUUUUUCGUCUUGAGACUGUUGCUGUCUAUGGGGUCUGAGGGUGCUCUCAGAUGUCUAAAAUAUCUUCAUUUGUGUUCUGAGGAUGAAUGAAGGCCUCAGGAGAUUGAAACAACGUUUUGUGGGAUUUCAGUAGGACCGGUUUAUCCAGGAGAGAACUGGUGUUUGUGUGCCGCGGCGAGGAACUGCUCAAACCUGUUCUCCUCGUCAGUAGGGAGGCGAAGGAGGGGCAGCUUGGAGAAGAGGAGGAGGAGGUGGAGAGGAGUGCAGGGCGUAUGAAAAAAAACAACAGUUUUUUUUUUUUACCUUUACUCUUUAUUUCGCUGUCAUUCUCCAUAGUGUAGAAUCUGAUGGGACUCAGCGGGGGGCUCUGCAGGACACCGGUGUGACGAGGAGACGACCGCGGCGUGUGAUUGGCAGGUGACGUGAUUGACGUCCACAAGGUGGCACGGGGAAGACAAGCGAAGUGGAAGGUGUGCAGGAACACCAGCAUGGCUGUGGAAAGCUUUCCCGAGCUCCUGCAGAAACUGCGAGAGGUCCAUGACAAUGAGUUAGAAGGUUGGCAGGAGAAAGUACUGGAACUGACAAAUAAAAAGAACAUUGACACGAAGCGCUUAGAAGAACUUCACAGCAGGAAUCAGCAGCUGAGAGAACAGCAGCGGAUUCUGACUGAGAACAUCAAACAGCUGGAGAACAGAUUGCGGGCUGGACUGUGUGACAGGUGCACAGUCACCCAGGAAAUGGCGAAAAAAAGACAACAGGACUUUGAAAACUCCCAGAUCCAAAGUCUACAGCACAUCUCUCUACUAGUGAGUGAGAUGAACACGCUGAAGAAAGAAAACGACAGACUUAGAGAUGAGCUGAAGACCUUGAGGGAGCCAUCAAAUCGUCAGAAUGGUCAUGCAGAGGACAAGGUCAGUCCAGAGGUCAAGGUGUCUCCUGAUCCAGCUGUGUCCUCAGGGCUGAAGUCCUGUCAGCCUCCAGCAGGGGACGCCACUGUACCGGCAGCAACCGUCAAAAGAGAAAGUGACAGCAGCCCUACCGACAGCCUGGAAAAAACUUCCGAACAGAAACUUAUGCAAAGCUGGGGCAGAGCCUUUUCAUUCGAAUCUAAUAAGCCCAUGUUGACCACUUUAAGUCCGGUGAGGUGGGGAACAGAUCAUGGCACAGAAAGAAGAGGUUCCACCAUUGACUCGAUGGACCACAAUCAUUCCCCUAUAUCUCCUUCUCUCCCAUCUCCUCUUCUAAAGAACAGUCCUAUUUUUUCUUCUGCUGCCUCUGAGGAGCGCAGCACCCGGCAGCAAAUCCACGCACCCGUUCCAUUUCGACCACUUCCAAUCAAAAGCGGUCGUCUGUCAAUCCCAUGGUCGCUGUCAGAUUCCACAGACUGGGUCUCGGUAGCAGCCGCCGGAUCUGGUCUUAGUAGCACUUUAUCGGUUCACCCAAGCCAGACCUCAAUUCCCAGCUCAAACGUACUGCGUUUCCCUAAAUUGGUCCCUCCAAGCAUUCUCCAAUCCCGCUUGCAUGGCUCAACACCUUCCGGUCUGCGUCCCUGGUCCCGCCGGAGCCUCUCGGAGCAUGUGGAGAGCAGAGAAAAGAAAGUGGCAGAAAGUGUUACAGCGUCGCCCCAGUGGAAGGUGUCAGCAUCACAGCCGGAGAGAAUUUUUGGAGAGAAUGUAAGGGAGAAUCUGAGAGAGCAGGAUGAGGAGGCGCCGCUUGACCUGUCCGAGUCGGGACGCUCAAAAAGCCAAGAGAAAGAGAAAAUGCAUUCACAAAGCGAUGCUUCUUCAUCUUCGUCGUCUUCACCGCCCGCUACGCUUUCUUCAUCGUCUCAAUGUCCAUCAAGUCCUCAAAGUGACCAGCAGACAGCAGACAACAUUGCACAGCAAGAGGAAGCACAAGAAAGAUGUAAUGAACAGGAUGAGGUAAAAGAAGAUCAACACUCUCCAGCUGCUGAAACAUCUAUAAGCGCAGAGAACAAGAAAGUUCCUUCACUAACUAUUUCCCUCCAACCAGUUGUUGUAAUGGAGACACUUAAACAUGGAGGACAGGUCGCAGAUUCUGGAAGCAGAUCAAUAGAGCAAGAGGAGAAGGAAAACAACCACCUUGAAGCAAGCAGAAAAAGAUCUGGUCAAGAUUCUGAUUCUCCGUCCCUUCGCUCGCAAAAAGAAAAGAGAAUACGGCUAAACAGGGGACCUCAAGGAAACCAUGCUGACCCAGAACAAGGAUGAAGAUGGGAUGGCGGACCAAAUCAAAGGUUACCAUGGGCCAACUUUGACCUGCGGGCCCUAGUUUGGGCAUCUCUAGAGUAACCAAAACCCAUUCCUACUACAGCUGCUGACUAUAGUGCAAAUCAUUGUCUUUCUGUAAAAGCUGUCAGCAGCGUUUACCGAUUCUAACUCUAUAGACCUGAUGUACCUGCAGCACUUGUUUUCUUCUGUCAUCCAGAUUGUAUUUCCACAAAGAAACUGAAUAAAUCGCUCACUCAUUUUAAAAUCUU